CUCAGGUAAGCAAGCCAAACUUCCAGACCAGUUGGUGUUCAGUCUCUCAACCUCUGCUACAUUUAAAUGAUCAAUUCACCGUUUUGCUACUUAAAACUGCAUCUGAGUGACUUUCUAGAAGACACGAUGCUUUGUUCCACUUUGUCCCUCUGCCUCUUGCUGAUCACAGUUUCUACCAACCUUGCCAUUGCUAUCAAAAAAGAGAAGAGACCUCCCCAGACACUCUCAAGAGGGUGGGGAGAUGACAUCACUUGGGUACAAACUUAUGAAGAAGGGCUCUUUCACGCUCACAAAAGUAACAAGCCGCUGAUGGUUAUUCUCCACCUGGAAGACUGCCAAUACUGUCAAGCACUAAAAAAGGAAUUUGCCAAAAAUGAAGAAAUACAAGAAAUGGCUCAGAAUAGCUUUAUCAUGCUGAAUCUCAUGCAUGAGACCACGGACAAGAACCUAUCUCCUGAUGGGCAGUAUGUGCCAAGGAUCAUGUUUGUUGACCCUUCUUUGACUGUCAGAGCUGAUAUAACUGGAAGAUACGCUAACAGACUCUACACGUAUGAACCCCAGGACUUACCUUUGUUAAUAGACAACAUGAAGAAAGCACUAAGACUCAUCCAGUCAGAACUGUGAGGAACGAUGGAAGAAGGUGCUUCAGCUCUAUGAGGUCCAAAGCGUGACAAAAACCUCCAGCUCGCUAGCAAAUGCAAUGUUCAAGCACAUGGAUUUUGUAGCAUUGCUAUUAUGAUUGGUGACAUAUCCGUGAUAGUUUAUGGAGGUAAACUUGAAUUUUAAUAAAUGUUAA